AGAGGCUCUCAUAAGUCACUGUAUCAGCGAGCAACCGAUUUUAUUCUCUUCUCACAUGUUACUAGGACAGCUGUCAAUUUGUAAUAGGAUCAUGAGUGUCAUAAAUAUAAGCUAUGCUCAUGUAAGUAUUUAACCGCAAACCCUUAAAUGACAAAUUAAUUCAUCUUUUUAUCUAAAAAUAAAAAACAAAUUAAUUCAGCUUCUCCAAAAUUCCUUCCCAAAAAAAAAACAAAGUCAAGAAGAAAAAUGGAAGAGAGAAGAGGGAGGAGAAUAAUCAUGUUCCCUCUACCAUUUGCGGGACACUUCAACCCGAUGAUCGAGCUCGCUGGAAUAUUCCACCACCGUGGCUUCUCCGUCACUAUCCUCCACACUUCCUACAACUUCCCCGAUCCUUCUCGCCACCCUCACUUCACUUUUCGAUCCAUCCCUCACAACAAAGAAGGAGAAGAAGACCCUCUAUCUCAGUCAGAAACUUCGAGUAUGGACCUCAUAGUUCUCAUGCUUCGGCUGAAACAAUGCUACGCCGAGACGUUUCGUCAGUCUCUGGCAGAGGAAGUAGGUGGAGAAGAGACGGUGUGUUGUUUGGUCUCCGACGCUAUAUGGGGAAAGAUCACGGAGGUUGUAGCGGAAGAGAUUGGAGUUCGUAGGGUGGUGUUGAGGACAGGUGGUGCGUCGUCGUUUUGUGCUUUUGCCGCUUACCCUCUGCUUAGGGAUAAGGGAUACCUCCCUAUACAAGAUUCUAGAUUAGAUGAGCUAGUGACAGAGCUUCUACCUUUGAAAGUUAAGGAUCUUCCGGUAAUAGAAACGAAAGAGCCGGAGGAACUUUACCGGGUAGUUAACGAUAUGGUGGAAGGAGCCAAGUCUUCUUCAGGAGUCAUAUGGAACACAUUUGAAGAUCUUGAAAGACUCUCACUCAUGGAUUGUAGCAACAAGUUACAAGUUCCGUUUUUCCCAAUCGGACCGUUUCACAAACAUAGCGACGAUCAUCCACUGAAGACAAAGAACAAGGACGACGAUAAAACAACCUGUUGGCUUGACAAGCAAGAUCCACAGUCUGUAGUCUAUGCGAGUUUUGGAAGCCUUGCAGCUAUAGAAGAGAAGGAGUUUCUCGAGAUUGCUUGGGGUCUAAGAAACAGUAAAUUACCAUUCUUGUGGGUGGUUAGGCCAGGGAUGGUCCGAGGGACCGAGUGGCUUGAGUCAUUGCCUUGUGGGUUUUUGGAAGACAUUGGUCAUAAGGGAAAAAUUGUGAAAUGGGUGAAUCAACUAGAGGUAUUGGCGCAUCCUGCCGUUGGAGCGUUUUGGACGCACUGCGGAUGGAACUCAACACUAGAGAGCAUAUGUGAAGGUGUUCCAAUGAUAUGUACGCCGUGUUUCUCGGACCAGCAUGUGAACGCGAGGUACAUCGUUGAUGUAUGGCGAGUCGGUAUGGUGUUAGAGAGAAGUAAGAUGGAAAUGAAGGAGAUUGAGAAUGCACUAAGAAGUGUAAUGAUGGAGAAGGGAGAUGAAUUGAGAGAGAGGAGUCUGAAGUUAAAAGAGAGUGCUGAUUUUUGCUUAACUAAAGAUGGAUCUUCGUCCAAGAAUUUAGAAAAACUUGUGAGUCAUGUCCUGUCUUUUGAUUCUUAUGCUUUUGCAAGUUAGAAAAAUCAUGAAUGAGUAAUGUAUUCUAAGCACUCUUCAAAACUUUGGAUGUUUUAAUUUGUUUCUUAAAAUAAUAAUGUUCAUGAGUUAUUUUAUACU